AUGAUUCAACACGGAAACGAUCAGAGCCUUGGCCCUUCGUGGUACGCGAAUCUUGAGAACUACCUGCCCAAUAAAGACCUCAAGAUGUGGGUACCAAAGGAAGGGAAGACUCCACCCGACUAUCAGCUCCUGAAGAUCUACAGCCCAAAGAUGGCCAAGACUCUUGCGCGAUACAAAUACGACACAGGCCAUUGGGUUGCUCAGAGCUGCGAGAGUCUGACGCUGUAUGCCAUGGCAAGAUACGUGCAAAAAGCGCUAGGGAAUGUUUAUCCCCACCUGCCUCUCGCCCCAGAACCCCCGGUGAGCCCACCCACGGGAGGAGUCGAGCCCGCAUACACAGUUGGCUUUUCACCAUGCAUUCCGAUGGGACGGUCACCAUCAUCAAUUCAACUGCUGUGGAUCAUUUGA